CUUAGUAGAGAACGAGGAAGAUUGCGUGGACCACCACCGAGGUCACCUCCAAGAUCACCUCCAAGACCGCCUUACGACAGAGAUAGAGACAGGUAUCCGCCAGGAAAUCGUUACAGGUCUCCCCCGAGGCAUAGGCUUUCACCUAAUCCACCACCGUAUAGAGGCAGUCGCCCUUACGUUCGCCUCGUAGAUUUACCCCGUCUCCACCUCCCAGAAGACAUGCGCGCCCAGUCUCUCCAAUGCGCGGUCCGGGCCCAAGCCGCUUUAGAAGUCGCUCUCCAAAAUAUCCACCUCCCAAACGCAUAAAACUUGGUUCUCACUCAAUAGGCAGUCCUCCUCCUGUUCCUCCUUCUACACGCUCACCUGAGCGCAUUCGAUACCGUUCUCAGUCGCGGGAUUCCCGCUAUCGUCAUUCUCGUGCUCCUUCACGCGACCAGCGUCGCAAUAGUCCUGGGCUUCCAACGGAGAGACGCCCGCUUCGCGAUCCAGAUUCGCCCAGGGAUGAAGGAGAAAUACGCGAAUAUGAUACUCCAGACAGAGAUAAACUUUUAAGUCAAAAUCAGAGAGCUCCGAGUCUGUCCAGAGAGCCUCCUUCCACUCUGCCAGUGCCGGAAGAAUCCAAAACCUCUGUCUUGGGCGCCAAAGCAGUAACACCGCCUACUCCUGCCAAAAAUAUUGUCGAAAACGAUGUUAAACCCCAUGUACUUCCUGCGGCAGAUCCUGCUUCAACUGCACUUCCGCCAAGCUCCUUACCUCCUGUACCCCAAGUACUUCCACAACAAUCUAUCCGCUCAACAUCACCCCCAAAGCAUCCUCGAAAUUGGUCAGAAUCUCGUCCCACAGAAUCUUCUCUUUUUAUACCUCCCUCCAUCCGCAGAGGCCGAGGGAGAGGCAGCGGAGGUUCCUAUCGAGGCGGAACGUAUCGCGGAGGGGGCCCGCCAGAUGCGCCUAGAGCCCCGCGCAAUCGUGGACCUUCCCAGCAAUCUACGGGGCCAGAUAAUUCAGAAGAAACAACUGUGGCGCCCUCUGGAGUUAAUGUACCAUCACCUGCAGAUACUUCGAAUUCAAAAGCAGCGACACCUCCCAUUCAUCCUUCAGUCGAACCUGAGGAGUCUAUCGAACAACUACUCAAAUGGGUUAACGAGGAACUAAUUGUAACCGAUAUCAUACAGGAAGAGCGGAGGAUAGUGGAUCGAUCCAAGGUCUUACGUGAUGAGUAUCUCGCCGCGCACCAAUACACUCACCAACUAAUGAUGGACCACUACAAGAUUACCAACGAAGCCCAUCGGGCGCUACACGAGUAUGAAAUGGCCAAUCAGGAGUUGAGGCAUUUGCAGCUACGACGGCAGGUUUUGAAUAAACAACAAGAGCUUGCCAGACUGGGUUUACUCGGUAUGGAUUAUGAGCCGGAUGGGAAUAGCAUUAGUACCCCGGGUCGAUAAACCUACCAUUUGACAAUGGGAAACUUUGACUGGCCUCUGUUGUCUUUAUCAGAGAGCUCCAAUUCAACACGAGAUGCUCUAAUCAAAUGACCUUUUUUCUUCGAAUGUUGAAAGCAAUUACAUAUCGUUCAGGUAUUGAGUUUGGAGCUUUUAGUGCUGCCAUCGUAUCACGGUAAAAAAUGACGCGUUGAUGCGUUGGCCCGCUCCCAAGGCAGUCCACUUUCUUUCCAGAUACUCGAGCCUUUUCAUAUAA